AAUGUGUAUAGAAGAAGUCUAAAUAGACAAAGGAUUGGAAAAGUUUGUGAAUGUAGCUAUGAAAUAGUAUAUAAUAUAUUUAAUAUAAGCUAUUCUUGUAGAUAUGGAACAAAACAGGAUAAUUGGAGAGCAAAAGCAGAGGCUUAAUGGAAUGGUCUUCCUUUGUAUAAAGAUAAAAUGAAAGUGUUGGAAUUUAUGCAAAGUAAAAUCAAAUAAUUGGAAGGACCUUCAAUAAAAAUUACCAAAUUCUUUAAGCAAAUACCUCAUUCAAAUGUUUAAUAAUAAUAAGAAAUUCAAGUUGCAUAGAUUUAAGAAUAAUCAGAUAUUGAAGAAUAAGCAGGAAUGUCUACAGUUCAAAAAUCUAAGAAAUCUAGAUAUAGUAGGUUCUUUGAGGAAAAUUAUUGGAAAAUGAAAUUAGAAAAUGAAAUUCUAACUCAUGAAGAAAUACAGUUAUUAAUAAAGAAAUUAUGGGAGGAAAAUGAAGAAGAUAGAGCACAUAAUAUGAGUAAAUAAAAAUUAAGUUUUUGA